UGUUCCGGGACUUUUAUUUGACUUCCGGUUGAGCUCUACAAACUUCCGCUCCGUUCAACUUUAAACUCCUUUCCUCUAGACCGGGUCAAAAUGGGACGUGUGAGGACGAAGACGGUGAAGAAAGCUGCUCGGGUCAUCAUAGAGAAGUACUACACCCGUCUGGGCAAUGACUUCCACAUCAACAAGAGGGUGUGUGAGGAGAUCGCCAUCAUCCCCAGCAAACCUCUGCGGAACAAGAUAGCGGGUUAUGUGACUCAUCUGAUGAAGCGCAUUCAGAGAGGUCCAGUCAGAGGCAUCUCCAUCAAACUACAGGAGGAGGAGAGAGAGAGACGAGAUAACUACGUCCCUGAGGUUUCUGCUUUGGAUCAGGAGAUGAUUGAAGUAGACCCAGACACAAAGGAGAUGUUGAAGAUUCUCGACUUUGCCAGCCUCUCCAACCUGCAGGUCACCCAGCCAAGUGUUGGAAUGAACUUCAAAACACCCAGAGGAGUCUAGAUGUGUGUGUAAUUUAUCAAGAGAUAAUAAAGACUGCAAAAAACA